AUGAAUGAGCACCAUAGAGAAGGCAAAACGCAUGUUCCCAAGCAAGAGAUUGCUGGGGUGUGCUUGAAUGAGAGGCUCCUCAUCCUGGCAGCAAAGGAAUCCACCUCCAUCACCCUCCCUGAGAUCUUUGCUUUGGAAUCUCUUCUCUAUCUCUUUGAGUUUCAUCCCAAGCACGAUCUCAUAUGCCUCCACCAGCCCACAAGAAUGGUGUUGGCAAAUGGGAGGAGAGAACAAAGGACCGCAGCCAAGAGUAGUACAUGCAAGGCCACAUGGCAUCUUACUUGGGGGCAGAAGAGGAUUGGGCGCCUGUUCCAGCUGGCCAAGGUGGAGUGUCAAACCAUAACAACAGCAGCAACGAUGAAAGAAUAUUAA